AAAAAAACAUCGAAAACCCGACGUGCAGCUGCCGGCAAGAUCCGAACAGAAUCCUUGCCGCAUCACGCAGAAUUACCCCAGAGCGACAGCACUGCGCCACGUUCAUGUUGGUGCAUUAUAUGCAAUUUUAUGCAUCUAUGCAUGUCUCAGUGCACACUCUAGUGCACAAUAUUACAUCUGAUUGUUAGCGUUGAUUGGCUGCCAAAAGCCCUCUUUCUGUGGUCUCUGUUCUACACGUGCCUGAUUUUGUGUAGCGGCAUUUCAGUGGAGCUGGAACUUGAAAAGAAUCAGAAAGAGAAACAGAAACAGAUCAGGCAGCAGAAAGCAACGACGUGGGAAGAUGUUGCUUCUUCGUCAAAUUACAGCUUCUUUUUUGGUCUCCAGAUCGUUGCCCUUGGUCAGGUUGUCAGUUCUGACCUCAAAGGCCUCGCCGAUUUUCUUCAAUUUUUCAGUUAAGAGAUACCAGUCCAGUAACAGCAUCACCAACAAAAAUAAAAACAUUAACAAAAACACUAGUAAAAACACCAGUAAAAAAACUAGCAAAAAUACUAACAAGGGCACUGCUGGGUCGGAUAAAAAGAAAAAUGCUUAUAGUGACAAAGAUCAUGCUGGCAAGAACGAUGGUUCCAGCAAAAGUGCUAAUGAAAACGACCAUGUUCCCAAAGACUUGGCCAAUCUAAAGAAUAGCCAAUUUUCACAAUUGUCAAAGGAGCAGCAAGCUAGCUUGAAAAAGGAAUACACAAUCAGAAAGGAAAUAUUCACUCAGCAAAUCAGGGAUCAUCUUCCCGGUGAAACCAUUCAAUCAAACGCUUUGAAGGACAGACUUCCAUCGUCCUUUAAUCUCAAAAAGGAUGUCAUUCCAAACUUAUUGCCGAGACCUGGUGUGCCUCAGCCUAGCUCAACCAUGACUUUAACAAAAAUGUUUAAUAUAUUGAAAUCAAGGAACAAGCCAGAGUUGAUUUAUGAAUCUGAAUCUCAUCGUUUGUAUUUCUUAAUCAGGCUCUGUGUCAUCUUUGUCUUUACUUUUUAUGCUAUAACUUUUAUCAAAACCUCUUCUGAGGUUGCGUAUGAAAUUUUCCUUCAAAAUAAUGACAAACUAUCUCCCUCUGAAAAUUUGUUCUACUUUGGUCUAAAAUGCUUAACAAAUAUUGUCAUUUUCUCUGUUCCUCUUGCUUUAAUCUUUUUAGCUACUGUCCUUCCAAAUCUCUUAGUUAGAAGAAUUUAUUAUAUCCCAAGCUCUUUAUCCAUCAAUCCAAAGAUCUCUUCUAAAAAGGUUUCUAACGACUUACUAAGUAAUGAACUAAUCAAAAUCACAUCUCAUCCUCUAAUUCCCGGCAGACCAACUCCAACUUAUACAAUUCCCUUAAACGAUUUAACCAGAUCUCGUAAAGCAAGAAUCUUCACAAAUAAGGGCUUUUAUGGUGUGCUUGAUAAAAGCUCGUUUCUCUUCUUUAUCUUUGAUAAAAAUAGAAAACUCCCAUGGAUAGUGGAUAGAAAUGGUUUCUUUUGGGGUGAUGGCAGAAUCUUUGAUAUCCUAUUCGGUAAAGAGUCAAUUAAAGAAGCCGAAGCUGCCAUAUCUUGGGAAGAUAGGUACGCUGCAAUGAAUGAGAAAAUAGAGUCAAACAAAUUGAAAUUAAAGGAAAAACAUGGCUUUUUGUGGAGAACAAAGGAAAGCUUCAAUUUGUUUAAACAAGACGUUAAAUCCAUCCCCUCUCUAUUGUCCCCAAAUAAAAAUAAAAUCCAAGCAAAAAUUGAAAAAAAACCCCAAAACAAAAUUGAAGAUAUAAACCAAAAUCAAAAUCAAAGUCAAAAUCAAAAAUCAAUCAGCGAACCUCAACAGUCUAUCAUCGACACUGUUUACAAUAUAACUUCUCACAAAGACACACACUCCCAAACCACUCUAUCCCAGCUGCUGGAAAAUAACACUCCAAAAAUCAAUAAAAAAACAAAAAACACCAAUAAAAAACAAAACAAACAAAAGAAAUAAAAGAAAUCGACCAAAUCCUAAUCAAAUAUUGAAAAACCUGUAAAAUCUGUAUAUAUUAUCCCCCGAUUAUGUAAGCGGGCUUUUUCUCGCAUGAUUUGUACUGUAUUUGGAUUUUGUAUAUUUGUUAGCUUUUUUUCAUUUUUAUCUCAUCUUGAUCUCUUUAUUUAUUUAUUUAUUAUCUUGACGUCCUCGUCUUAUCUCCAACGCUUUACCACUUUGUAAUAAAUGUGUCUAAUAUAAUGUCCAGUUCUAUUGAUUCUCAGGCUGACCUUACCUCGCCUUACUAUGAUCCCAUGGUCCACUUAAACCAACU